AUGAUGAAGCUCGCGCUCGUGGCGAUGUCCGUGGCCUCCGCCGCAGCUGCGCUCGCGGCGCCGUGCACGACCACCGACCUCUCUCCGGUUACGACGUACCUCGCGGCCCAGAUGAGCUACUCGGGCUGCAAGAAGGCGAGCGGCGUCAACCUCGUCGACUUUUUCACAACGACUGCUGUGCCUGCCAAGGACGACGUGAUCGCCUUCCAGUCGUCGCUCGACUGCAAGGACCUCUAUGACCGCUUCCAGGCUGUUCUUGGACCGACGUGCUCGCUCUGGGGCGUCAACUACGCUGACGCCCGAGUCCUCUCGUUCAAUGCGCUCACGGCCAUCAAGGCGAACGCGGCCUUGCCAUCGAAUGCACCCAACACCACGACGUUGCCGGUGACGGUGCCGGUGACGACGACCCCCCCGGUCGCGAACGUGACGACUCUACCUGUCACGACCAAGCCCGCGACGACCAAGCCGUCGUCGGGCUCCAUGUCUGGCAACAUGACAGAGGAGCCGGUGAUUACGUUGGCGCCAACGCCUGUCCCGACAUUUGCGACGAUCAAAAAGGUUACGCCGACGCCCGCGCCGUCAAGUGCGGUUGGCGUUGCUGUCUCGGCGGCGUCGCUCGCGGUCGCUGCGGCGCACUGGAUGCUGUAA